AUGAAAAAAUCGAAGGAAAGUCUCGAAAAUCUCGAAGAAGUUUCCUCAAGGCCGGGUUCAGAUGAAUCCGCAGCAAGGCAAUCGUAUUCUCGUCCAUCGAAUCCUUUCAGAAUUCCAGACGAUAAAGAACAAUUUCAACUUCAUGAAACUAUGAGGAAUUCAAUGAAAAAAUCUAGAUCAAGACUUCUCGACAUACAGCCAAAUCGCGAAAAUUUCCGUCAUCUGACCCAAGUAACAACUCAACCGAUUUCAGCUGAAGAAAAAGCUCUUGAUGCACUUAUUCCAGCACCAGAUUCUUCAAAGAAUAGAGAAGGUCUACGAGAAUUCAUUUCACAAAAAAGAGAAAUCUUUCUUGCACAACUUGCAAUUGAUACAAAAAGAGAAGAACUUCAACGCCUAGAGAAACUUGAGAAGGAAGAAGAGGCUGCAUUAAAGGCUAAGGCUGCUGAAAUAAACUUAUUCAAGACACAAUUCGCAAAUUUCAUAGAAUCUGAUGGUAAAGCUACAAUGGAAGCACGAUCAUCAGCAGAACGUAAAUCUAAAGAAAGACUACAAGUUUCAAUGAAGAUUAAACAAGUUUCAAGCCAAAUUUCCACUUUACGAAAUGAAAUUGCUCAUCAAGACGAAAAACUUGCCGAAUGCCAACAAUACCAACAAUUCUUAGAAUCCUUAACACCUCCUGAUUGGCGUGCUGCCCAUCCUAACGAGAUGUACUUUAAAGAUCCAGAGCAAUUAAUUACAAUUAUCAUUUCUUUAGAAGAACAGAACAUGUUUUUGAUCAGACAUUGCCAAGAGGCCGAAGAAGCAGUCGAGCGCUACAGAGCUAAGUUCAAUGACCUGUUGCAGAGUCGUGAAGGUGGUUUAAAGGAAAUGAUGAACAACAAAGAGGAGAAAGAGAAAGAGUUAAUGCAGGCAAGGGAAAACAAUGGUCAAUACAAAACAGAUGGAGCAUUUCAUUAUGGAAAUGAGUUAAAUGAUGACGAAUAUAAUCAAAUUCAGCAAGAUAUCAUCAUUUUCCAUAAGAGUCUUGGUUUUGAUAUUGCAAGUUCAACAGAUAUCUCAAUGAUGCUCAGAAGAAUCGAAAAUAAGAUGGAACAAUUAAUUUUGAAACUUGAAAAAGCAGAACCAUCACAUGUAAAAGCUCUUGCACUUGAGAAAGAGAGAGAAAGAAGAGAUCUCAAGAGAACUAAGGAUCAGGAGGAGAAGCAGCAAGCACAAGCCGAGAAAGUUAGAAAGGCCAUUGAAUUGGCUAACAAGCCUAUCGAAAGAAAACUUGGAAGACCUGUUGUUGAAAGAAUUAUUCCAAAGAAGGGUCAAACACGUCAGGAAGAAGAAGACAGAGCGAGAAAGGAAAUGAUGGAGAAAGAAGCAGACGAACAACUCUUGUUCGGACAGAUUUGGGAUUGA